AUGUCCUCAAAACCAACGACUCCAAGUCUGAAGUCACGCGAAGCGGCCCGCCGUAGGCUGCUCAGGUCUUCGGGAGUCUAUAAAAUACUCCCACAAUCCCCCAAAAUACACUAUCCAUCGGAAGUUCUACCACUUGAAUCUGACCAUAUCCAGGAAGGCCUCCGGGCGUUGCAGGAAUCACUCGGUGAGCUCGAAAGUAACAUGUGCGAGCUUGCAAAAAUACACAGUGCUGUCAAUUCUGGGUUCAACGAGCCGUUUGCAGCGUUUCUUUAUGGAUUGUUGAUCACAAUGUUUUGCAACAACUUUCCAGGAUGUCCUACUCGGGACACCUAUGAGUACAACCAAGAUAAUGGUCAAAAGGAGCGUGUGCUUCUGCUACAGAAGCGUGUACAUGCCGCCAGAGCAGAGAAUGAAAGGCUAAAACAACAAUUAGCAUCUCAGUCAACCUCUCAAAGAACCAUAGCAUCUAGACCGGCAUUGAGUGGACAGAACCAGGCUAUACGACGUAUAGGGGUGCCCUCUGGACCUUCGUUUGGGAAUUCAACUCGUGGCGCUCCUCUAAGCCGCCAGAAGAAAGUUGUUGUUGCACAUGACGAUACGUACUCUACCACAGAUUCAUUUGUCGAUAUUCCCACGAGCUCGAAAUUGGCAAGUCGCAUCCAGAAGCCAGCAACCGCUGUAAGACCCGGCUCCCUGAACUCUACAGGUCCUAAUCUCGAUCAACCGCCAAGAUACAUGCGAGGACUCUUCGACAAAACCAGCAGUUCUAAUGUUCGGAGAAACUUAGACACAAAGACAAGAGCACGGGGUCCGACGACCAGCUCGGCAAGAAGACAAGUAGAAAGGGCCAGUAGGCUUGCAGGGAGACCGCCAUUCCGCUGA